AUGGAUGGGGCAGCAGCUGAAGAUGGGGAUGUGCCUGUGAGGGAGAAUCCCAAGCAAUUUCUAUGCAGGAUGAAGGGCAAGAGAGUGUGUGUUGUUUUGAAGUGGGGACAAUGCUAUGAGGGAGUGCUUGUUUCGUCCGACAACUACUUCAACAUUCUUCUUGAGGAGUGUGUUGAGAAGGAUGCAGAAUGUGCUUGUGAGAUUGGAGAAGUAUCGAUUAGGUGUAACAACAUCAAGAGUGUGCAUGAGCUGUGA